CCCCCCCCCCCCCCCCCAAAACGGCGUUUAACCAAAGGAUUUAAGUCACGUGCGGAUUCAAAAUAAAUUCUUUCUAUUCGCUCCGGCUUUUAUAUUUAUGGUCAUGGCCUUGGAGUUCGAGCAGCAGCAGCAGCAGUUGAGUCUCACCACCAACCCCGUUGACGGCGACACUAACGGCGUCGACGCCGCGGCGGGGCGAGCCUCAGCCGAGGCCGGGGAUGACGCCAGCAAGGCGCCGAGGCUGCCGCGGUGGACCCGGCAGGAGAUUCUGGUGCUGAUAAAGGGGAAGAGGGCGGCGGAGAGCCGGGGCGGCGGGGGGAGGACGGCGAGGUCGGAGUUCGGGUCGGGUCAGGCCGAGCCGAAAUGGGCCGCGGUGUCGUCGUACUGCAAGAAGCACGGGGUGAACCGCGGGCCGGUCCAGUGCCGGAAGAGGUGGAGCAAUUUGGCCGGCGACUUUAAGAAGAUCAGGGAGUGGGAGGCGCAGAGGAAGGACGAAACGGAGUCGUUUUGGGUGAUGAGGAACGAUUUGAGGAGAGAGAGAAAGCUGCCGGGGUUUUUUGAUAAAGAGGUUUAUGAUAUAAUGGAGGCCGUUUCCGGCGCCGGCGCUCCGGUUACGCUGGCUCUGGCUCCGCCGCCGCUGAUGGUAUCGGAGGCCGAGAACAACCUGAAGGAGGGUCUGACCGAUGAGGUGGAGAAGCUUUUUGACAGCAGACAGGGGCCCACUGACGACGGGUUGUUUUCGGACUACGAGCAAGAGGAGUCGGGUCGGAGCCCCGAUAAGGAAGUCCGGCUCAAAAGCCCCACCGCGAUCCCAGCUCCUUUGCCAAUAUCAGAGAAGCUGUUCAAACCAAUACAAGCGUCCCAAGGACAAGGUGCAGCAGGCCAAAAACAGCCACCUUCAAUUCCCGAGAUGGGUUCUACUUCUCAAGACCGAAAAAGGAAGCGCUUUGCAGUAGAUGGAGAGGAGGAAACAUUCAGUUUGCAGAAUCAGUUGAUUGAGGUCAUGGAAAGGAAUGGUAAAAUGCUGGCUGACUAUUUUGAGGCUCAGAAUUCUCAUUCGCAACUGGAUAGGGAGCAGAGGAAAGAACAUUCUGAUAGCUUAAUUGCUGUUCUUAACAAGCUUGCAGAUGCUUUCAUGAGAAUCGCCGAUAAGUUGUAGGGAAGGCAAUCAGAAAUCAGUGUACAUAAGAGAAGUCUCUUCAAGACUCGUAGAUGUUAGCGGGGCUGAGAAUUGGUGGAUCAAAUUUGAUCAUUUAUCUCGUGGGAGGGCACUGACAUGUUCUUCUACUUAUUUAUUUACUUUAAAUUUUUCUCCCGUC